AUCCCGCACAAACCAAACAUCGCAACUUCCUAUGAAUAAAUCAUAAUACACAAUGCGGUUAAUCAACGCCACCACUCUCGAACUCGAAGAAUUCUACGGUGAAAAUAUCCCCAGAUAUGCAAUUCUAUCACACACAUGGGAUGGGGAAGAAGUUACGUAUCGCGACUGGGAAUCUGAUAGGGAAAGUGCGAAAAAGAAAGCUGUAUAUGCUAAGAUUGAGAAGACGUGUCGACUGGCGUGUGAGAGACGAUUGAAUUAUGCGUGGGUUGAUACGUGUUGUAUUGAUAAGAGUAGUAGUGCGGAGUUGUCGGAGGCUAUUAAUUCUAUGUUUGCGUGGUAUAGGGCAGCGGUGGUUUGUUUUGUGUUUCUUUCGGAUGUGGUGGAAGAGGGGGGCUGAGCGCUGGCUUAUAUAAAGGAAGAGGACAGCUUGACAGAAAGCAUUUCUAAGAGUAGAUGGUUUACGAGGGGUUGGACGUUACAGGAGUUAUUGGCUCCUAGGGCCGUUGAGUUCUACACAAGGGAUUGGGUUAGAUUGAGAGAUAGAUCGUCGUUGAAUCUUACCAGGCUGAUCAGUGAUAUAACUGGUAUCGCUACUUGCUAUCUCCUGGGUUCGCAGCUUAUUGGAAAAGCAAGCAUUUCUCUGAGGAUGUUUUGGUUAUCGCAACGAAGCACGACUAGAGUGGAGGAUAUGGCAUAUUGUAUGCUCGGAAUUUUUGAUAUCAAUAUGCCCUUGCUAUAUGGAGAGGGCGCCAAAGCGUUCGUACGGCUUCAAGAGGAAAUCAUCAAGGUAUCUGCUGACCACACGAUAUUUUGCUGGUCCUGGACCGAUACCGUCCCACCCGCUUGGAAUAGUCUCAUAUCGCCAUCACCAGAUACAUUCAAGCAUUCGAAAUAUUUCCGACCAGAGGGCGCGAGAGAAGGGGUUUCUCCUUAUACAAUGACCAACCUAGGGCUUUCCAUCCGCCUACCGUUUAUCCAAGCAUGGACUUACAGUUUCAUCGUUUUGCGGGCUUGUGGUCAUUUCCUUUACCACAACAAGCGGGUUUGUAUUCCCAUAAAAGGAUAUCUCCGACCCACUUCCGAUUCCGUCAGCACCUACGACAGACUAUCAUUCCCGCCUGAUCCGAUAUUUUGCGCAGAGGAUUGGGCCUCGCCAGAAAUAAACAUGUAUGUCGGAUCGAGAGAGAACUCUGCGGAUCGCGAUGAACCUUCCUUUCCAUACAAGUUCGGAUCGCGCAGGUUACUAAUUACGAUAGCAGAAAAUAUUCCUGCUGAACCACCACCUGGCGCUAGAGCUCAUAUCAAAUACAAUGAUAGAUACAUUCCUAUGUUCCAUUCAGAAACAUAUCCGCAAGGUUUAUUUGAUGAGACUAGAAGUGUGUUUACACUCAAGCGUCGGGUUGGAAAUGUUCAGAAUGGAUUAUUAACGCUCUGUAACGAGGAUUUUCGAUGUGUGAUUUUUAUUAGUUGCAAGACUAGUAUGGCGUCGGAGGAAGGUUGGUUUUGUCAUAUUCUUCCUUUGGUUUCCUUGGAAGAAGAUGAAGCGGAGAGAUUGUUAGAAUCGUUGGAAAGUCAGGUCGCAAGUAUGACAAGACAAAAUGAUAUAAGAGCGGCGGUUUGCCCAGAGGUCAGGGGACACUUUGUUAUUGAUAACUAUUCGUAUAGAAGUAGUAUUUUACCUGCGAGGUUAGAACUCGGAUUGGGGAUGGAGAAAAUCUUGGAGCUUUCAAAAGGAAUUAAGAAGUCUUUACAUGUUUGAUUGUUUAAGAAUCAUUGAAAUAUCAAUUUAAAUCCCUGAUAUCUAUAGAUAUGAAGCUUCUUUAACAUGCUCAACAGCUAAGCGUCAGGAAUCUCGAGA